AUGGAGUCUCGAAAGCGUGAAGAUCAUUUGCGGAAGGGCUCGGAAGUCUCUCCCUACGAGUCUCUUCUUGCCGGCUCUAUAUCGGGAGCUGUUGCUCGUGCUGUAACUGCUCCAUUGGAUACUAUCAAAAUCAGACUUCAACUACAAAGAAGCGCCUUUCGUUCGAGAGUGUCUGUGACCACUGUAGUAAAGGACCUCUUGAAAAAUGAAGGUGCCAUUGCUCUCUGGAAGGGGAACGUUCCUGCUGAGAUCUUGUAUGUUCUCUAUGGAGCAGCACAAUUCACAACAUACUCUUCCAUCAGCAGAUGGCUCUCGCAUUUGUCAGAUACAAGCGGUUUCAACUUGCCUUCCUCGGCCCAUUCUUUGGUGUCUGGAACAGGUGCUGGAGUCGUGAGUACUUUGGUAACGUACCCUUUCGAUUUGCUCAGAACCAGACUCGCUGCAAACAGUGAAAAGAAGCUCUUGUCCAUGAGUGGUACAGCACGUGAGAUUAUACUGUCUGAGGGCUUCACAGGACUCUUUGCAGGUAUCAAACCGGCAAUGCUUUCCAUCUCUACGACCACUGGACUCAUGUUCUGGUCGUAUGAGUUGGUUAGAGAAACUUUGGGAGACAGAGACAUUCCCUUUAAAGAGGGCAUAUGUGGCUUCAUAGCCGGUGCAACUUCCAAAGGUAUCACAUUCCCUUUGGAUACCAUCAGAAAGAGAACUCAGAUGUACAAGAUUUUAUACAAUUCUGCGAAGAGAGUAGGAGCCUUCAGGUUACUCGCAGAUAUUGUUGCCAACGAAGGAGUUCUUGGCCUCUACAAAGGGUUUGGUAUCAGCGUGUUGAAGACAUCGCCCACUAGUGCUGUUUCACUAUUUGUCUACGAGUAUUCAUUAGCUGCUAUUCAAAGAAUCAAUCGUAAAACUCUAGACUAG